UGCAGAAUCCAAGCGGAAUGCCCACCCGGCCCGCCGGGGCCACCAGGGCUCAAGGGUGAAGACGGAAUACCUGGAGUGCCGGGCUAUCCUGGACCCGAUGGCAUUGGUGCUGGACGAUUCGCAUUGGAAAGAAAUAGCAAGGGCUGCAUAAAGUGCCCAGCAGGACGACCUGGUCUUCGUGGACCGAGUGGACGACCGGGGAGACCGGGCAGAGAUGGCUCUCCUGGGUUGCCUGGCGUGAGCAUCGGAGUGGGAAGACCUGGACCUCGGGGUCCAAUUGGAGACAGGGGAGCACCAGGAGCGGACGGUCCGACCGGACCUCCAGGGAAACCAGGACGCAAUGGUGUCCGUUGGCUACGAGGUUCCCCAGGACCGCGUGGUCAACCUGGAGGAGUUGGUCCACCUGGCCCUCGUGGUAAACCCGGUGUUGCCGAAGAGGGACCAGACGGACUUCCAGGUCCACCGGGUAACCAAGGCAGACCAGGCAUGCCAGGGCCAAUGGGCAAACCUGGACGGGUUCGUUUAAACUCUAAACUAAUCUAUAUAAGGGUAUUCUCGGCCUGGUCGUCACUGGCGUCCUGGAGCUCGAUGCUGAGUACUGCCCUUGCCCGGCACGUGGAGUUUCCCGAUCAGUACACCCAGACGAUGGCUAUGAAGAUGACGCUGUAUCGAGUG